CUCCUCUAGUCAAUUCAUUUUCUCAUUCACGACGUCCUCCUCGUUUUCCGCGCUUCCCCGUUUUCCGAUCAAAGUAUGUGUCCCACCGGCCGAACCCUAACGUCGACGGCGUUGACCUCUUCGUCCUCGUCCUCCGACCUCCGCCCCGCAUUCGACGUCCUAGACGCCGACCGCGACGGCAAGAUCAGCAAGGACGACCUCCGAGCCUUCUACGCCGGAUUCUCCAGCUCCGGCGCCGACGAAAGCCUCAUCCGGGCCAUGAUGUCCGCCGCAGACUCCAACUCCGACGGCUUCGUCGAGUACGAUGAGUUCGAGCGCGUGCUCGCCUGUCAGAAACCCUCGGCCGCUGGCGGCGUCAUGGAGGACGUGUUCAAGGUCAUGGACCGCGACGGCGACGGCAAGCUCAGCCACGAAGAUUUAAAGAGCUACAUGAACUUGGCUGGGUUUCCGGCCACCGACGACGACAUUGCGGCCAUGAUCAGAUUGGGCGGCGGCGAUGAAACUCAAGGCGUCGACUACGCCGGGUUGCUGAAGAUCCUGGCCGUUGAUCAAGUCAGCUAGACUAGAAAAAAGGAGGGUAUCUUUUUGGACGUUUCCUUUACCUCGUCAUAUUCGAUUUGGUGUCUGCAAAUAGGUUCUGGCCUCAAUGCAAACCACAAUUGUGUUUCAACUUUCAAUUUCGACCUCAAAAGUUGUAUCGGUGUAGAUUGAGAAAUUCUUAUGUGAGGGUUUCCCACCACGUGGCUUUAUGGCCACUCAAUCAGAAGAAAUGAAAUUUUUCAUCUUUUCUGAGACGGCCCCUGUUUCUUAAAAUGCUGGGCAGUGAUUGGUCCUCCCCACCACAUGUCCGUGCGGUCAUCGGAUGUUGCCUGGAAUCAUGUUUCAUUGACUAACAUAUUGAUAGUUUAUGAACACAUAAACAUGCGCUUUGGUGUUUCCAUGAGGUUUACCAUCCAUUUCUCUACUUUAAAGAUGAAUAUGUGCACAACUUAUAAAAGUAAA